AUGUGGAGGUCUCUGGAAGCUGCAGAUUACUACGGCUCCAGCCCUGCCUGGAAGCGGCUGCAUCUCACAGGCCUUCUGCUGGCGGUCAGCGCCUGCUGCGUCUCCUCCGACCUGCCCAACCCCGGGUCGCUGACCCCCUUCAGCCAAGGCGCCGGCGCCCACCUGCCCCUGCCUGGCGGUCUCGAUGGCGCCCUCUCCGGAGCCUGGUUCCAAGGGCACGACACCCAGCUCCCGGCCACCUUCUUCAUUCCUGAUGCCCGCACGGCUCAAGACCCAGAGAGUGACUCGGUGAGCGUGGACGUUCGGAGGGCACGCAGGAGUGCCAGGGCGCAGCCCCAUGUUCGUGCCUCCUCAUCCAGGUUUUUCCUGACAACAUUCCCAAAGAAUGUCAAUGGCGUCAUCCAGAGCGAGGCCAACUACACAGUGGUGCUGAAAUGUGAGCUCAUGAACGGCCCCCAGGCCGUGCUGAAGUGGACCUUGAAUGGGCGGCUGUGCCAGACCGGUGGGCUUCUGCUCAUCCGGAGGCUGACCCAGGAGCAUCUGGGAAGCUACGUGUGUGAGGCCAAGAAUGGCAUGGAGCAGUUUUCCUCAGCCCCUCUGAACCUCAUGCUGCUGGAGGGCGAGCCCAUCAACCCUGCAGGACCGGACCCGUUUGAGAACUAUUACUUGACCGGAGGACCAGCCAUUGGCACACUCGUGGCGGGAAUUCUGGGGGCUGUGGCGUUGGUUGUGAGCGCAGGCUUCGCCGCCCACCAGUGGAAAAGUUUCCUCAUGUCAUGA